GGCAGCUACUCGGGAUGAGCAGAUGAGCGCUUCCCCUCAGAGACACUAAACCAGCACAAGAGGAUUCGUGUUGGACACUCAAGACUUUCAAAAUCCUCCCAGUGGGGGGACUCGGGUCGUCUUGGGCGGGGGUGAUCGUUCCUGAGAGGAAGCGCAGACAGAAGAUGGGGCGCGUUUUGACGCACGGCGCGCAACUUUGGCACCACUUGUUCCAGCUCCGAGGAGAUCUUUUCUUCUUUCGUCUUUCAAAACGUGCCUCUUAAAAACAAAAACAUAACUAUGAAGACUCAUGGGAUGUAGUAAAUGGAGAGCUGCGUUCAAUUUGGGACACCUCAAGGUGCAGUCCAAGCUGUCAGUCUUCUUGACCAUGAUCAUCCUUUUUGUUUAUCUCUUUUACUGCCUUAAUGGAUUCUGCGAGUCCUUGCCCAGACCCGUUUAUGACCAACAGACUCACCACCACAAAAAUGUCCACAACGACGCACAAGUGGCAUCGCCGAAGCAAGCGUCAUUUGCACGGGACCAACUAUCGGACGUUCCAUACGGCGCAAUUAACAACACGAUCUCCAUCGCGAAUAACUUUGGGAGCAAAAAGUUUCCUCAGGCUAUCAUCAUCGGGGUGAAGAAGGGAGGAACGAGGGCUCUUCUGGAGUUCUUACGCAUCCACCCGGACGUGAGGGCAGUCGGAGCCGAGCCUCACUUCUUUGACCGCUUCUAUGAUAAAGGGCUGGACUGGUACAGGGAUCUGAUGCCCCGAACACUAGAGGGUCAGAUCACCAUGGAGAAGACCCCCAGUUACUUCAUAACAAAGGAAGCCCCUCGCCGUGUCUACGCCAUGAGUCGCCACACCAAGCUGAUCGUGGUGGUGCGGGACCCGGUGACCCGCGCCGUUUCCGACUACACGCAGACCGUGUCCAAGUCGCCGGGCCUCCCUUCCUUCAAGAACUUGGCGAUCCGUAAUGCCACCACGGGUUUGAUUGACACCUCAUGGAGCGCGGUGCGGAUUGGCAUCUACGCCAAGCACUUGGAGAACUGGCUGCGCUACUUCCCGCUUUCCAGCUUCCUGUUUGUCAGCGGCGAGCGUCUGGUGACGGACCCCGCCGGGGAGAUGGGUCGCGUUCAGGAUUUCCUGGGACUGAAGCGUGUGGUGACAGAUAAGCAUUUCUACUUCAACCAGACCAAAGGAUUUCCCUGCCUGAAGAAACCGGAGGGGAGCAGCAGGCCACGCUGCCUGGGGAAGUCAAAGGGCAGACCCCAUCCGCAGAUCCCCUCCCAAGUCCUGCUCAGACUCAGGGACUUUUACAGACCUUUUAACCUCAAAUUCUAUCAAAUGACGGGUCAGAACUUUGGCUGGGACAACACAGCUUGACACCAAAGCUUUUGAAAGUUGACAGCGGCGAGAGACAAUGUGCAUUACCAAAGUUUUUUACUGUGUUAAACAGUCCUUGCAAUCAUUUCACUAGCUUUAAAAAAGGCAACAAUCAAGCUAAAUAAAUGUUCGGUUUUAUGUGGUGAGAAUUUUAUAGAUUAGCUCUAGUGCUAUGAUUAGAUUAAGAUAUAGCGCGAGGUGUGUCAGAUAAAUUCCAGAACUUGGGUCACAAAAGCAAAGCAAUAUCGCCCCCCUGUGGGUGCUUCACUACCAUGCCCUGAGCAUCUGACAGUUCCUGGCCAGACAGAACUUCCCAUGCUCGAGAAACUUUCCUUGUCACCUGACCAAAGGGGCAACGUGUUCAUGAUAAAAGCUAGCGAUGGGAAAAUGAAGCUUCAAUUUUGCUUCAUGAACCAGUUGUAUUUUUGGCUCCUCAAAACGGCACUGUUGGUUUUAAGAAAGGGUUAAAAAAAAAAAAAAUGGACAAGCCCUGGAAAUUUUCUGACACACCUUGUAUAUGCAGUAAGAGGCAUUUAUAUUUCCUUCCCAUGGAACUCCAUAUCCUGUACUGUCUUUACAAUUUUACAAGAUGAAAGCACGGAAAGAUGCAGCGGAAAGAGGAGCAAACAAGCACUUUGCAAAGUGUUAUUUAUGUUGCAGAACUCUCUAAUUAGAAUUUUUUCUUGCGGAACAUCCGCAGCCCGUACUCUCAUUUAGCUGUACAGUUUAUUUCAGAGAUCCUAAUUUAUAAAAUGACAAGAUAUUAUUGAAAUGUUUUUCCUGAGACUUUUGUAUAUGGAAUUCUGCUGAAAUUCUGACUAAAGUUUUUAUUCUGAAA